AGCUGCGUUAGCAAAGCGUAUUUUGAUAGGACAGUGUGAAAAAUUGUUGAUUUCAUGCGCAUUUGUUACUUAAAAAAUUCUCUGAAUUCGCACGAGCGCUUUCGCGGCAAAUAUGGCGACUCGAAUAAUGAGCUAUUAAUCGAAACGUGCGUUGCUAUUAAUCGAAAGCACAUGAUAAGCGCAACAUGACGUGUCAUAAGUCGGCGGCGAUAUUUAUUACGUAAUUUGAACACGGAGAAUUUGAGGUGAACUGAGAUACUUUAAAAAGAAAAUUGUUUUUAUGUUCGUAAAAGCGCAUCGAGUGUUUGUCGGCUAGGAAAUCUGCUACAGUUGCCGACCCUGGAAAUAUGGUGUGAAGGGAAAGGCGGGAUGGCGAGAGUCCGCCGAGUGGUCAGUCAAUUGUUUAAAGAUUAUCAGUGCGAGAAUAUUUUACGUUUUGUAUUAAUAUUAAUUAUGCAUUACAAGUGUUACUAUUUGUGAGGUGUUCCUAUUCAUGGUACAUUUGUACCUGUGCGCAAGUUACGUAAUAUUUUUGAAACCUUUAAUAUCGGUGCGCAGAAUAGGUUAUGUUAUCAAAACAAGGAAAUUGACAAUUUAAAUAUCUCUUUCCUGAUGCUGAUUAAAUAUUGAUUAUUCAAACGCAAACGAGUUUUGAUAAUAAUGGAUUUCGCAGCCACCCAAAUCUACGAGGAUGAAGAUUUUCUGCCCACUCAGAGAUUUUCGAACGCUCUCGAAGCAGAAGAUCGCGUGCAGGUAGGAACAUUAAGUAUCAAUUCUACUAAACAUCAAAUCAAGAGGGGCAUCACAAAAAUUGGCAGACUCAGUAGCUGCGACAUUGUCAUAAACGAUGCGACUGUGUCGAAGCUACAUGCAGAAAUCGAAGCUAAUGCGAGACAAGAAUCCACGUGGAUCUGCGAUCUGAAUUCCUCCAAUAAGACGAAGCUGAAUAAUUCAAUAUUGCGUUCAAGUCGUUCGUAUGAACUCAAAAAUGGAAGCAUCCUUGAGUUCGGCAGAGUGCGUGCAACUUAUUGCACGUACUGCCCGACGGAUGACACAGUUAUACCAGAAACACCUGCACCGCAGAAAAAUACUGCACCGCCACGGCAAAGAAUCGCAGCCACGAUAAUCCCGAAUACUCCAGAUUCGUCUCUCAACGUUUCAUCCGGCGAAGAUGGGUCUGUUAUUUUCGGUUCACAGAGGGACGAUGAAAAUAACGUUUUUCGACGGCCGUCGCUUCCGCAACGUUUAUCCACAAGCUUCGACAAGCAAAAUUCCUCCUGCGCUUCUUCCGUGGCCGCAAACGAUGACUCGCAGAUUGCUAGCACGUCCAUUACUGACGCCAGCGAGAAUCAAAAUGUUAGUAUAUUCGAUGCAGAGACGCAAAGAUUCGAAGGAGCGCACAAAACUGCAUGCUCCAUUCACGAUAUGGAGACGCAGGAAUUUCCUGAAGGCGCGCACGUUAAAGCGAGUGCUGGUAAGACAUCCCUGAAUAUUCGCGACGAAACCGCCGGCGAUACGGCGACGGACAUUCAGGACAUGGAAACGCAAAAUGUUCUUUAUUAUAUCGACGCUCAAAAAUCCAAGAUCGAUCCAAUUAAGAGUCGGCAGGAGAAUGUAGAUCGAAUUCAGCGGAGCAUUCAUGACUUGGAAACGCAAAACUUUGGAGAAGAUGAACGCGUUACGAAUGACAUUUACGAUGCGGAAACGCAACUCGAAUUGGACUCCAAUACAAACGCGAUCAAGAAUACAAAAACUCAAUUAAAAUCGAGUAGCGUUGCAGAUGGCCAAGCGGACAAGGGCAAAGAUAAUGAUGAUGUAACAAAGGCUGGUCCAAGCAAAAGAAAUACCGAGACGGUCACAAAUACGCCGAAUUCCGGGGCCAGUAGUCCCAGAUCUCUGAACUUGUCCUCACCGGGAGUCGACGAGGACGGUCCCGCCUCGCCGCUAAACGAGAGCGCUCAUUUGUUCGAGACGACGGAUUUGCUGGAGUACUUUGGUGACGGUAUCGACAAGCACGAGGAAAUACGUGCGGCAAAUGCGUCCACGCCGAAACCGCGUGAGAAAGAGAAAAGAUCAUCGGAAGGAGGCAAUAAUGCUGCAAGUACGUCGAACGCAUCGGACAAGGAACACGAUGAAGAUGACAUUUUUGACGCUCCUACCCAACGCAGGAUCGAGGCCUUACUGUCGGAUGAUUCCGAAGCCGAGGAUAAGGAUACAUUCAUAAUGUGCAAAGUGCUGAAUAAGACGCGUGAGAAGCACCGAUCGAAACAAACUGACCCGGACGACUCGGAAACCGACGCGGAGGAAUAUCUCGAAGAACUUGCCAAGGAGCGGCGCGAGUCUGCGAGCGCUUCGCGCAAAGCGCGCGAUGGAAGUAUGAGUGAGAGGAAUGAUCCAGGCACGAGCGUCGAAUCCGAGGACAUGUUCGAUCUACCAACGCAACGAUUGGACUUGAACGAUGAUCGAGAUAUGUCGAUUAACCAAUCAACGAAAGUAAAUAAAACCGACGGUAUUGUCAGCGACACGGCGCCAACACAAAUCAUAAAAAGAAUUGCGAUUGAGCGCGACCAAGAUGAACAGUGUAUGCUUCCAUCGGACAUCAACGAUGCGCCAACGCAACUUAUCUUGCCGGAUAGGACUUCACCGAAAACCGCGACUACCUCGAAAAGUUUAUCGUCGAGCAACAAUCGGACUGACGUGGACGAUACGAUGCCCACGCAGAUUAUUAAUACAAGAUCGGCAGAUCGUCGUGCGUCAGAGGACGAUCGCGACAACUUGGACUAUGAACUGGCACCAACUCAGGUAAUUGGCGAGAUUGAAAAUAAAGAUAAGAGGAAUUCGAAUCGCGAAAAGGCGAGUUUGGACGACACGCUGGAGCGGAAUCUUAAUGAAAUGUUCGAGAGUGCAAGUAACGACGGCAUUCGUGAGCCACAGCAGAUAUCGACCCAGUGUCUGGAAGAUAUUUUGCAAUCGUCGCAAUGCAACGACGACUUAUCUACUAACGAAUUCAUCGCGAACGUCAAGGUGCUCACAAACAACACACCACAGGCACAGUCAACGAGAAGAAGUCACGCGACCAGUGAUCGAUCUUCGUGCAAACAACCGUCUACCAAGGCGAAUACUGAUAAUGUAAAUAACGUAGAACUUGAUUCGCAAGAUAUUUAUUUUUCUACUCUGACCACUAAACGGAAGAGAAAUAUCCUGAAGGAUACACCGGAAUUCGAAGACUCCGUGAAGACGAUUUCUUCCCGUCAGGAUGCUAAUUCUUCAAAGCAAUCCAAAAGAAACAACGAGGAAGUCGACGAUGACAAUAUCACUACGAGAUCGAGCAGAAGAGCAAAGAGAAUCCCAAAAGACGAAACCGGCGCUGUGAUGAAAGUCGAUGAUGAGGUAAAUAAAGCUGUCUCGGGCAAGGACAAUAAAAGAAACCUGCGAAAGUCGAGGAUGACGAGACAAACGGCUGCUGCAUUGGAAAGAGAUUCCGACGAAAUCGAAGUUGAUGAUGCUGACAGGGAUCCGGCGAGUGAUCUCAAUGUUUGUGCACCUUGUCCAUCAAGGAAUGAACAACCUACGCAAACAUUGGACACGUCAUAUGAGAGUGACGAUGACAUUCUGACACGCUUACCAGCUGUUAGAAUAUCGGGUACACUCUCAAAUCCGGCGAGUCCUUCUGGAUCAUCGGCAUCGAUAUCGUCGCACAGAUCCAUGCGCACGGCCGCGAACGAAGAGAAUAAGAAGAGCUUAAAGAAUAAAUCAUUAAGCAAACAAGACGUUGAAAACACCGAGGAAGACGAAAAUCUGAAUCAAACAGGUGACAAGUCGUCGCUGCUUGAUAGUUUAAAACCGACAAAUGUCAUAAAUACUUCGGAUGACUCAGACAGUGAAACAAAUUUCAAACGAUUCAAACAGAUAGCAGACAGAAUGUUUAACAAUGAAUUGAAACGACAGAGUAAAGAAAAUGCGCAAGACACGAAGCCCGCCGGUGAAAAGAAAAAUACGCGUUCUUCCGGUGCCUCGCAGGAGCCAGAGCAGAAUACUGAUUUUCGAUCGAAGAGCCCUCGGCGAGUCGGCAGAAGAGCAACGCGACAAAAUUCCAACAGGCAAAGUGAUGAUGAGACACAUUCACGCAUCGCUCAGAAGAAAGUUGACACGGAAAGCACGACCAGUAAAUCAAAAACGAGAUCUAUCACCUUAAAUAGAAAGAGAUCUCUAACAGAAGAAGACGUAGAGCAGACUAAUUCAAAGAAACAUAAGGCAGAUAAGGCUGUCGAAGAGCGUUCUACAAUUUCUACGCGUGGUCGAAAAAAGACAAGAACCGCUAGCGACAGACGAUCGCCGAAUAUGUCUGAGCACUCAGUCGAAACUAACUCGCGCGGAAAUUCGCCAGUGAUUGGAAGUACAAGAUUUUCCGCAGAUGAUAAAAAACCGUUUAAGGCUACUUUAGAAGAAACGACUUUGCAAAAAAAUAUCAAGUCUACGAGAACUACUAGACGUAAACCUAAUGGAGCGACUGUGGACGAAAAUAGCGAUAAAACUAAGCAAGCGUCAACGAAAGUAGAAAAAACAGGAACGAGUCAAGGUAAAAUUUUAAAGGUUAUACUCAGUCCCAUAUCAGGAAGGGAGUCACAGGAAGUGGAGAUGAUCAUGAGAGGAGCUUCGAGUAGUGUGCAGAAUGAGAAUAUUUCUUCUCCUAAUUUAUCGGUCAGGGAAAGAAGCAACGUGAAUAUAUUGGAAAGGCAAUCGAGAACCAGAAGUAGAAAACGACCUAAUGCGGAAGAGAAUUCCGCUUUGACUGGGAGCAGCGUGUCGUCCAUAGGUGAUUCCGACAGCGCGCAAUCUGAUAAUUCUGCACUGAAGGCCAAACGCGGAAGAUCCACUAGAACAGCUUCCGCUCCUUCGCUACCAGAAGCGAAAAUUCCAGAAAAGAAGAUAUUUAAAAAGCCUGUCCUCGACUCUUCCAUUUCUUCCAUUUCUUCCAUUUCUUCUUCUGAGAUCAGUCAAAACAGUACGGAAAGCAGUGUCGCGUUAGUCAACCCCAGAUCUUCCAGAUCCAAAGCAGCGAAUAUCAAAAAGGAGAAGCUCGGAGUGCCUCAAAGCAGCACAGUCAACGAUAGCAUUUCUCCCAGAGCAAAUAGGAGCGCGGAGAACACGUCAUCCGUCGUUUCAACGCCUUCGAGAACGCGUAGUAGCGCAUCUAUGCUGAACAGUUCUACAUCAAGUGCUGCAGCGAGGCACAAGAUUCUUUUUACAGGUAUCACGGAAGACUACAGCAAGAUGGUAAAAGCGUUAGGCGGAAACAAAGUGGAAGACCCGGCAAGGUGCACCAUUCUGGUUACUGACAAGGUUCGCAGGACGUACAAGUUUCUGUGUGCGCUGGCAAGGGGCGUACCCAUAGUGUCGAUCGACUGGUUAAAAGAGAGCGAGUCGGCGCAAGGGUUUUUGGAUUGGGAGGGUUACGUGCUGAAAGAUCCCGCCGCCGAGGCUAAGUUCGGCUUCAGAUUGAGGAAGAGUCUUGAUAAGGCCAAGGGAAAGAAGCUAUUGGACGGCUACACUGUCGUAUUGACGUCGGACGUUGCGCCGCCACCCAUAGAGGAGUUGAAAGACAUGGUGACAUCAUGUGGAGGAAAAGCUCUGCUGCGUCCACCGACCAAGUGGCCUGAACGUGCGGUGAUAGUAUCCCGCGAGGAAGAUCUGAUGAACGCACGAAAGUUCCUCGCAAGAGCGCCCAAGACCGUUACUGUACAGUCGACAGAAUUUAUCCUGACUGGCAUCCUGAGGCAAGAAACGGAGUUUAAUAAAUAUAAGUUAACGUGAUUAGCAGUGGUACGUAUUUUGGUUUCUAAUUCUGGUUACUAAUCUGUACUAUAUUAUGUAUAUGAAGAUCGUUGAGUAUAUACUGGCAGCCUUAUAUACUGUAACAUUACCAGUAAAUGAGAAUCGGUGCAAUCAGAUCUUUAUCUUUUAUUAUGUGUUAGAAUGUGUGGAUCUCGUAGAAACGUAUUCCGUUUUAAACAAGGACUUGUUGUGUGCUCAAUUUUUUAACAAUGUUGAUCAUUCUGUUUUCAAAACAUUUUUGGAUAUGCAACAAAGUACAAUUUUAAAGAACUUUCCAAGCCUCUCUUGAAUUAAAUUAUUUACAGUUAUAUAUAUUACGGUUUAGUUGUGUCAGCGAAUGAUUCCACGUUAAGUCGAAUAAAAUAUAACUAGAUGUGUGUUAUAAGCAUCUUUCCAAAUUAAUUUGUUGUUUUAUAUACAUAUAUAGUAAUGUUGAAGCAACAACGUUAUGCAUGAAAUUUGGAGGGAACAGGAAACACUGUUAUUUAUUGUUCGACGUAAAGUGGAAUUGUCUAGAUUUAAUUCUUCUCGCUUCGUGUCCGGAUGCAUUUUUAUACAAAUCGAAUACGCCGUUUUAUAAUAUUAAUUCGCGAUUUUUUAGCAGCUUGUGUACAAUUACUUGAUGAAUAUUACGUUACGUAAUAUACAUACGCGAGCGUAUAAUUCGUUAGUUUCAAUAUGGUUACCUGAAUGUUACAUGUAUUUUUUAAUAUAAUAUAUAUUUUAAUAAAAAAAUAUAAGAGGGAGCAAAACAAAGUAAUCGUCCAACAAAUAUAUAGACGUAAAAGAUAAGAGAGUAGAGUGAAGUGUAUUUUUUUAUAUUAAACAAAACAAAGAUGCAUUCUCUCAUCAACUAGAAAUCUUUAUUUCACAAUUUCCUUUUAACACAAUUAUAUCAUGAUGCUGUUAAUACACACGAUAGGCUAUCUUAUCGCGCGAGAAAAACUUGCGAGAUAUAUCUCGCGACUCUGAAGAAUUUAUCACCAAUUGCAACGUGCAAGAGUCGCGUUCUUAAACAUUAAACAUCGUGUGGUCUCAAGUUGAUUCAAAUGGAUCAACUUAGCCCGCUUCUAAGCGCGAGUUUUCCAAGUGCGUCGCGAUGACAAUGACCGUUCCUCGUGAACAAUAGCAAGAAUUUUUGCAACGUUUAUCGCUCGAUUAUUGCUCAGCUCAGCGAUAAGGCCUGCUACACACUGGUCGCGUGUCGCCGCGACACGCGACCAGUGUGUGCAGCAUAUAAUUUCUUCUACUGCGACGCACCGGAGAACGCACGCGCUAAAAGGAGCUACAAGCGUAAGGAAAUUUUAUUUAUUAGAUCUCAUACAUCUAAUAAUCAUAUAAGUAAAAAAAAGGAAUCACAAUAAAUCAUAGCUUAUCGAUUUGAUAGUAACGCACGAGAAAUCAAUACGUAAUAUAUAAUCCUACGAUCCUACAA